AUGUCCUGCCAAGAGAUGAAGGACGCGUCUGGACGACACCCCAGGGACUCAGUCAACGGCUCUUUCAUCUUCCCGCGGACAUACCCCCUUACUUUCCGCGAAGGCUCCAGCAUCAACAUCUCGUGGUCAAAAACGUACGAAAAUAUCAAUCUAUACUUCUACCAAAGGGGGAAAGUUGCGAACUCAGUGCAGCUUGUCACUAACUUAGCAACCGAAUGGUACCAGUGGGAGGUCCACGCCGAAGAGACAAACCUCACGAACCCAUUCGUCUUCAGAAUCGUCAAUGCCCAGGGGACGACCGAGGAGCAGAACGGCGAGGGCUUCUGGAGCACCAGCUGCAGAAUUUUCAACCACAGCCACGUCAUCUACGCCUUCCUCAUCGCCAGAAACAUCCUCAAAGGGUCCGUCAUCGACAACGACAGAGACGAAGACCGAAGCUACAGCGGCUCCAAGUAUGGCAGCAGAGACGCAUGGUAG